CAACCAUCCAGAAAGUCUACCGUUCUCCUCCGAGUAAAUCGCCCGGGCUGCCUUGUUGACGUCCUUCCCGACCACUCACCGCUACCCACACUCGCAGGCGGUCCAGAGUCCAGAGUCCAGACCGACCUCCGAGGUCUCUGAGUCCAACUCUACCAGCAGCAGCAACUGACUGCAUCGAGCUCCGUCCCGAUCGACCACCAUGGGUCUUUUCAGGCACAAACGGGAACCCCAGCUACCCACGGUGAAUAACGGCGCAACUGGCACGGCAGCGACAACAACCAACGGUGGCCACCAUGGCGCCAGGCGACAUCACGAUGGGCGCGACCAUGUCACGGAGCCGUAUACCAUGUCAAAGCGGCCCAGCUUCGGUCAAUGGCUCAAGUACACUUGGCUAGACAUCCUUACGAUGGCGAUCAUGGGAGCCAUUGGACUUGGUGUCUACGAAGCCGAUCCCGCCCCGACUAGAUCAUUCCCGGUUACUUUCUUGGAUGGAGAGAUUGUUUAUCCCGAAUUUGGCUAUCCGCUGCGGAAGGAAAUAAUCCCAAUCUGGGCGGCCGCAUUGCUGGCAGCGCUGGUGCCAAUCGUGGUCUUUCUCUUCAUGCAAAUCCGUAUCCGCUCCUUCUGGGACGUCAACAACGCCGUCAUCGGCCUUCUGUACUCCCUAAUUACCGCCGCCGUCUUCCAGGUAUUCCUGAAGUGGCUAAUCGGCGGUUUGCGACCCCACUUCCUAGCCGUUUGCAAACCCGACAUCAGCCUCGCCUCCAACGCGCCCGGCGUCGUUGGCGCGGGGUACAACGCCGCCGGCUUUACCAACAUCUACUACACGCGCGAGAUCUGCACCGGCGACCAAAACGAGAUCAACGACUCGCUCGAGAGCUUUCCCUCAGGCCACACGACGGCCGCCUUUGCGGGCUUUGUCUAUCUCUACCUGUACCUCAACGCCAAGCUCAAGGUGUUUAGCAACUACCACCCGCAAAUGUGGAAGCUGGUUGCUGUCUACGCGCCUAUUCUGGGCGCCACUUUGAUCGGCGGGGCUCUCACGAUAGAUGAAUUCCACAACUGGUACGACAUUGUCGCCGGCGCAAUCAUCGGGACCGUCAUGGCCUUUUCCGCCUAUCGCAUGACAUACGCGGCAAUAUGGGACUGGCGGUACAACCACAUCCCGCUGCACCGCGGGGUCCCGUUCAGUUAUGGCGGGGCCGACAUGGAGCUCAGCGAUGCGCUGUGGACUCGCAAGGCAGGAUGGGGUUCGAGUUCCUCACGUCAUGGAGGCUUGGGCCGGGAUAAAUAUGGCGGUUAUGAUGACUACGGCGUUAAUAACGGCGCGGGCCACCUCAACCGCAAGCCCGUUGGUGCCGGCCCGGCUCCGGCUCCGGCGACUCGUGGGGCGGAUAUGGUCUAAACCCUAAGUUGAGGGAGGUGGUGUUGAUUGGCGUGAUACUCAUGAGCGGUUUAUUUUGUUUUGGGUUAUCUUUUAGCUAAUAUGGGGGUUCUAUCUCUCUGAUCGGCCCCAUCUGUCGUGUACAUAAUCGGAUGCCGACACGCUUGGAGGCGCUGCUCACUUUUGUUUAUAUCAUCCAGCGGGUGAUUAGACCAUUCUCAUCCAUACCUAGAAAUGACCGCCAUCUAAUAAACAGGAUUCUUAAGGUAAACUUGCGGUUUG